AUGGUGAAGCUCUUCUGUGCGAUCGUUGGUGCGGCGGGCAGUGCGUUUCCUGUGGACAUUGACGCGGGUCAGUCGGUGGGAGACCUGAAGGACGCGAUCAAGGCGGAGAAGAAGAACGACUUCAAGGACAUCGACGCAGACAAGCUGCAGCUCUUCCUGGCGAAGACGGAGGGCGGCGCGUGGCUCGUGUCCGACUCAGAAGAUGUGAAGAAGCUGAAGAAGGGCGAGAAGACUGUCGCAGUUGAGGCUUUAACAAGCGAAGAGAAGGAGCUACAGGGGGAGUCUGGCCUGCAGAAAGUGUUGAAGGGCAUGCUGAAGCCAUCAACGGACCAGAUUCACGUGCUGGUGGUUGCAGAUCGGGAGUGCCUUGAAGUCCAGGACGCUGAAAUUGCACCGCACCCGAGUCGCAAGAGACGAUGGGACAAGUUGAACGAGGUUCUUGAUAAGAACAAGAAAGCGAAGAAGGCUGCCGGCUCCACGGGUUUCUCGUACGUGUCGUUCCCGGAGAUUGACAGCAUCAUGCCAGCGACCAAGUAUCGACCAUCGUCAAAGCCUAUCCCUGACGAAAAGCUUGAUGCGCUGCAUAGAUACUUUCCUAUCUUGAUCAAGGCUUUUGGAGAUAUCAUUACUGGAAAGCGACUGCACUUCAUCGUGCCCGUGCUUGCAAGUGUCUGUGCGCUGUUCGAUGGAGGCGUCCAAAUCCUGGCCGAAGAAACCGUGAUUGGGAAACGUGUUCACGGAGACGGAGCCUUUGAGUUCGUGCUUAAGCGCGGCGAGAAACGAGUUUGCAUUGUGGAAGCGAAACGUGACGAUUUCCAGCAGGGUCUUGCUCAAGCUUACGUGGGAAGUGAAGCACUUGCGGAUGUAGAAGGACUGCCGAAAGUGUACAGCAUUGUCACGAACUUCUUGGAAUGGGUCUUCUCGAGAAGUCUGGAUGAAAGAAUUGAGCGUGCGACACCCGUGAUGAUGGUGAUGGAGAAUGACGUUCCUGCACCUGAAUCAGUGAAGCAGAUUGCGGGCAUGAUUUACUCCAUCCUGUCGGAAGACAACUAG